GACGUUGUUUUUAAAUAAAGUUUUUUCAAUUCAAACAAAAUGGCAGCGCCCACUAACCCACCCGUGUUGUUUGCCCAAUAAUGUCAACGGAGCUAUUGAAUUCCUUUUCGGCGAAAAUUAGAAAUCAGAGGAAGUAUGGCAGCCACAGGAAAGCCGGUUAAAAAGGAAAUCAAAAAGCAUAUUCCAGUCAAGACCUCCUUUACUUCACCUUUCACUUCAAAAUGGGGCCCACUUCCACAAGAAGACAUGCAUUUCAUCCUGAAAACUCUAAAGGACAAGCUGAUUUCCGCUGGUCUUGAAAAAAAAGAGGUAAAAGUGUUUCGCCCGUGGAGAAAAAAGAAAGACUUUAAACCUGCUGCCACGGCAGAGCUUGUGACCCAGGAUGGACAGGGACAGGAUUCUCCCAAAAACGGCUGGACAGAUGUGGCAGCACGGAAACAAUUGGCCAUUGGCAUCAACGAGGUCACCAAAGCCCUGGAGAGGAACGAGCUCAAGCUGUUGCUCGUGUGCAAGUCUGUCAAGCCGCCACACAUGACGGAUCAUCUGAUAGCGCUGAGCGCGACGAGAGGUGUGCCGGCCUGCCAAGUGCCUCGCCUGAGCCAGAGCGCGUCCGAGCCGCUGGGCCUGAGGAGUGUCCUCGCCCUGGGGUUCAGACGGUGUGCCUCCAAGGAAGAGGAGGUAUUCAGUGACGCUGUUGAGGCCAUUUCACCCAGAGUGCCUUCAUUAAAUGUUGCAUGGCUGCAAGAGACGGCGGCACCCAGAGAGACACCUGAAGAGCACGUUGACGUGGAAGAGGAGGAGGAGGAGCACGAGUUUGAAGAGAAGAAGGGCCGGAAAAGGAAACUUGACUGUGAUUCUGGGGAAGUCACCCCAUCUGCAUCCUCCUGCACUCUGCAACCUCUCAAAGUGAAAAGAAUUGUUGCUAACCCGGCAAAGAACAGAAAAAAGUUGAAGGCCAAGUCUGUCAAGUGAAUCAGAGACUCCGUCUAGAUAUUAUCAGGACUAUUGCUUUGUUUUCACUUGAUUUUGAUACCUAGAAUCCCCCCCCGACUUGAGAUCCACUGCAGUAACUCAUUCACAUAAAAUCUCAAAUUUGGGGCAGAUAUUGAUCGAUUGUGAUCAAAAUUUGCGACAAACUGAAACAUGCUUAAUUGGUCCAUCAUCCAUCAUGGUCCAUUCAUUCAUUACAGUGCUCACCAUGUGAAUAUUGAACACUUUUUUGAUACCAAACAAACAACCAAUUUGGUAUAUUAAUAGACAAUCAACAUUGUUAAAUGUAAGUCUGCAACUAUGUGUCAGCUACUUCUUUUCUUUUAUUGAAUGGAAACCCAUCUUAAAAGCGAGUAGUGCUGUUUUCAUACUGAAAUGGACACCAGUGGCAGCAAGGCGGGAGGGGAAAAUAAAUGGUUUGGAAUGUAGUAGUUUUCACGAAUCGGAACUUGGCCAUUAAUUGAAAUCAAUUAAAUUUAUGUUUUUGAAUUAGAGAUACUAAACCGUGUGACUGCAUGCGUCUUUCGGGCUUUUUUGUUGGUAAAAUAAAACCUUUAAGAACCAGACAAAUAAAAAAUGUUUAUUUCAGUUACCAUAGCUGAAACUAAUUCACACAAUGGAAAAUGCUCAUUUUGUGUUUCCAUUGUCCCUGUCAUGUUAAAAAGAAGUGCACUGCUCUUGGACAUUUUUUAAAGUGAGUUUAUUCAAACAAAUAUCCAUGCUGGUGUAGCUGACGUGUGUGUUGGGGUCCUGUCAAAAUGAUGCUGGUACAAGUUCUUCUGCCUUUUCACAGCUUGCAAUGGAUUUGAAUAAAAAUAUUGUUCAUUUAGAGAAA